CGGCUCAAUUGAUCCGCCGGGCGGGGUGUGAAACGUUCCUUAGGCGGGGCCUAGCCUGUGGAUUGGCGGAGGGAGCACCACUGCAUGGGGGCAAAGACGGAGCUUGGGAGGCGGUCAGUAACUUCUCGUAGCCUAGUUUGGGAAAGGUUGUUCCUUAUCGGACCAAUGGAAGUGAAUGCCUGGACGGCUGGCUCCAAUGGCCCUACCGAGAUGUGCGGGGUGAUUCCCGAGAUUAACGAGAUAGAAAAGCAGACUGCGGAAUUUAAGGCAAGGCUUAUCGAGCAGAUGAUGGCCGAGGAUGAAGAGGACCCCCAGGGCGCAGGGUCACGUGAGGGACGCAGGACCGGUCAGGACGAGACAAGGUAUGAGGAGAAGGAUAAUAGCCCCAAAGGAAUGCUUAGCAAGAAGGGGAAGGACAAGAGCGACCCCCCGGCGGAGGGGACGGAAAACGCUAUGACCCCGCCUGCCAUCGACAGCGGCACUAGCCGAUUGCCCGCCACGCCGAAAGUAACAGGGGCGUGUGACGGACUCUGGAACCUUAGGGAAAGAGUGCUAGGAUGGUUCGACCCAGAAGGAACGCCGAAAACCAGGGAGAAGCAGAGGGAAAGCAAGGAAGGGGAAGGGACCAGUGCAGCCGGAGCAGCGGGUGGCUCCGAAGAUGGUCUCAAAAGGAUAGUCGCCACCCUCACCAGAACACUAAACAAGAACCAGGGGUAUCUCGCAAAUGCAAAGAAGAAACUCACGUUCGACGGGGCCAACAUUACGGAGUUUCUAAUAGACUAUGAAAACCUAGCAGCCUUACUGAAAUGGACGGAAGAGGAAAAGAUGGAGCACCUAGGGCAGCACGUGUCGCUAAGCUUGGGAAGGGACAUUAUGGUCAUCGUCGCCUCCAGUGGAUCCUGGAAAGAAACCAGGAAUGAGAUGAUGAGGAAAUACCUGAAGGCAGAGAAAAUGGCAACAGAGGCCGAAUUAGCCGCAGUCCAGAGGAAAAACUAUGCAACUUACAACGAUUUCCUAAGGACAUUUACGUUAGUGGCGCUGCGAAUUCCCGGGGUAACGGACCACAUAAUGAGGACUAGCACGGGCCAGCAAGAGACCGAAGCCGGGAAACAAGAGAAGGUCUAUGGGAAACCAAGGGAGGACGAACUGGUAGACAAGGCUACGGCGACAAAAAAUAAGUUCAGGUAUCAAAUUCCGAUCCUGACUUCGUCAGAAAUCGAUGGCACCUUGAGUAAGUUACUGGGUACCAUGGUAUCGGUGUCCUUUCAGACCAUGCUGCAAGCCAGCCCGAGGCUGCUUAAAGGACUCAGGCAGUUGCUAAUGCGUAAGCGCGUAGAGGUAAAGGAGGCCCCGAAACUGCAAGAGCGGGACACAGAAGAGGCCGAGGCACCGCAAGGAGUCUCCAACCUCCAAAGCAUUCCAGGGGGCCUGGGAGAUUUGGAGAAAGCCUUUGCGGACAUCCGCCUAAGCCUACCGGAUCGUGAAGGUGGCGAAGUCAUGAGGGCGCCACCCGGGACAAAGCUUAGCUUUCAUGCAUUGCCAGUUGGGAAACUUAAAAUUCAAAUCAGAACUCACCACACUGACGCUGUGCGAAAAUACAAACCCGUAGGGAAGAAGGCCAAGCCGGUCUCGAUCCUAGUAGAAACAUCAAGGGAAGAGGCCAUGGAAAAGGAAGAGAAGAUCCUACGGGUUAUAAGGGAGAGACGCGCAACGGAAGGUCAUCGCAUACCAAAUGACGUAGCAGAUACUAUGGAAAUAGGAGUGGAAGGGUUCCUAACACCGGAAGAAACUCAGUUGAUAAGAAAGGCAUGUCAGAAGUUUCAUUUACCUUUCGCUUUCAACGACCAUCAGAAAGGGCGAUUGGACGCAAAGCUAGUUCCCCCUGUCAGGAUCCACACCGUACAGCACGAGUGUUGGAAUGAUAAAGGGUCCGCCUAUGAGUUUGGGAUAACAGUGGAGGUCACUGACCUGCUUAGAGCUAAGAUAGAUUCUUUCAUGGCUGAACCCACAGCAUCCCCCUACGCGAACAAGUGGUUCGUGUUCAGGAAGCCCAAUAAGACGCUCAGGUGGAUCCAGGACAUGCAGAAGCUCAAUGCGGUAACAAUUAGGGACACAGGCUCGCUGCCACAGGCCGACUUGUUGGCAGAAUCUCAUGCGGGGCGGAGUAUUUACUCCGUGGUAGAUUUGUACUCAGGAUAUGAUCCGUUGCCGCUGGAUGCGAGGGAUAGACCGUACACCGCAAUGCACACCCCCGUAGGGCAGCUGCAGAUGCACGUGACCCCUAUGGGUUUUACAAAUGCGGUAGCAGAGGCGCAAAAAAGGAUGUUCGUCGUUGCAGGGGAUAUGUUUCCGGAAAGGUGUGAACCGUAUAUAGAUGAUAACCCCGUAAAAGGCACAAGGUACAAGGACGAGACGAAGGUCGAGCCGGGCGUACGAAAGUUUGUCUGGGACCACCUGCAGGAUAUUAAGGACCUACUCCAUCGAUUCCUCGUUUACAAUAUUACUGCAAGCGGACCCAAGAGCAUCCUGGCCAUUCCGGAAGUAACCAUACUGGGAUUUCGUUGCGGAGCUUAUGGGAAGAGACCCGACCAAGCAAAGACGGAUAAGAUCUCCCAGUGGCCGACACCCCUACGCACCACGACGGAAGUACGAGCCUUCCUAGGGGUGGUCGGGUUCUGGAGGAUCUUCAUCAAAGGAUUCGCAAAGAUAGCAAAACCUAUCCGCGCAGUGAUUAGGGAAGGCGACACGAUGGAUUGGACCGAGGAUAGGGAAGCGGCAACCCAGACCGUGAAAGACAUCCUGUCAUCCGAUCAGGCAUACCUGUUCGGGAGGCGAUUUAUCCUAAGGAUCGAUCUCACCAACGUGGCCGGAACCCUAAAGAACUACAAGCCUAUAGAUCUGACCGUUGGCAGAUGGAUAGGCUUCAUAUGGCAAUUCGACUAUAAGGUCGAGCGAAUUGCAGGGCUUCGAAAUAGGGCAGCUGGGCUGAGCAGGGUAUGCAUCACGCCAGAAGGAGUAGAGGACGCGGAACCAAUUGACGUCUUCCUGGAGUACGAAGGAGGGACCCUUGUUGUGGAUAAUGAGAUGGCAGAUCCAGCAAUUACAACAGGUCAGUUGCUGAUUCAGACCUUGGAAAAGGGGGCACCUGCAGUGGUUGCAGAACUCAGGGAAGGACCAGUCACCACGGUCAGGCGCAAAGAGGAAAAGAACUCGUGGGGAGCGGAAGUAGGGGCCAGAGAGGAACUGAUGGCAAUGACCAUGGAAGGGGGACGGGACGCCGUGAUGACGUUGGCCAAAGCCUGGACACAGAAGGAGUGUCAGUACUUAGUCAACCUCACUCAGGAGAAGCAGGGUACGAAUCAGAAGGAACAGGAGUUUUUCCUCAUACAUAUGUACGAGGGCGUCUUCAAAGAAAUCGGUAUGCUGCUUGUAGGGAACAAACAACCCACGGAAGUCAGUCCCAAGGCAAGGGAGGAAGUAGAAAAGACGGAAGAGGGACAGUCGUCAAGGCAAGCUGGAGAGUCAAGCUCCAGGAAAAGGAAGUUGUAUGUGGGGUUCGAUCACAACCUAGUUGUGAACAGGGGGGGCAGAAAGCAAGGAAUCAGGGGGCCAUUGCCACUAAGGGAAGGGGAGCCAAUAGUCCUCCCAUCGGGAAGUGACACCAGCAGUGAGGAAGCGAGGAACCCGGGGAAAAGGCCAAGGUUGGAGGAGGACGUGCCCAUGGAGUUUAUUGACCUCACCAGCGACGAGGAGGAAGAUGAGGUAACAACGCCCACAAGGGAAGAACGGGGAAGAGAGGAGCAUCCGGGUGAGAAAAAGGACAAAUGGAUAGAAGAAUUCGGACCCGAGUUCAGCGAUUGGUUUGAUCAAUGGGGCACUAUCUUGCGAUAUCAAUGGAUUAUGAAGGCAAGGGAAAAGCUGGGUAGGGGAGAGGAUCUAUCCCCAACAACCUUCUUCACCGAACGGACACUCCUCCAGUUCCAAGGAAUAAAAAGGCAAAUGGAGCAGGAAAUGGAAGAUCGCGCAAGGAGGGAGGCUCAACGCAGGUCACCUAGGCGAUAGAGGCACAACAGCCGUAAUAAGGAAUAG